CCCGCUAGCUUCACUUCCUUCUUGGCUAGAUAUUUACAAUAUCAUAGCAUGUGGACUACGUUAACUGUCAACAUUUAAUAUGACAUUUAGUCUAAAAAAGUACAAGUACACAGGUUCCAUCUCCACAAACAAAGCUUGUCCAGCACGCGCCCAGAGUCCAUCUCCACAAACAAAGCUUGUCCAGCACGCGCCCAGAGUCCUAUCAAUAUUUUACAUCAGUUUUAAAAACAAGUGUUUGAGCAGAAAUUUGUCAUUUGACUAUUUCAAUUUGAAGCUCCCUUUACUCAGUGAAUACAUGUGGAAACUUCGGCUCACGUAUGAAUGACUCACAAUGUUGUUUUUUUUACACGAAUAUCGCUUUUCAUCUUAGACAUUAAAAUAGUUUUUCAUGUCUUCCCUUUCGCAUUUGUAAUAAAUAUUGUGUUUUCCUUUAACGCCUGCUUUAAAAAAGCUUACAUUGAUUAUACUAUAGUAUUUAGCCAUAGAUGGGGAUCUUUUAAUGCAUAAAUAAAGAGAAUAAUAGAAAUGUUUUUAGUGUGAUGAUUGAUAUAGAAUACCAAAUUUGGUGCUUUGAGACUGGGUCAGUAAUUCUCCUGCGUCCUAUAUUGAUUUGUCCCACCGGGUUCGUGUGUUUGGAUGCUUACAGACGCUGGUGUGUCACCGGGGCUGUGAAGAGAUUUAUGUAGUGGGUAAUCCUGGAUUACUCACCACAAAGACCUACUAGGAGUUGCAGAAAGUGUCAGGCAGUGUUAGUUACUAUUUGUUUGUUUUUAAGCUGACAGACCUAUUCACAACACCAGUUAUGGCAUUUUAUGUGAUUUUUAUUCAAAUUUUGGGGCUUAAUUUCCCGCCUACUUUUGCUUUCUUCCCAUUUUUAAGAAUGGGGAAUUUCACCUCGUCCACUCCCGGGAGUCUCUCCAGCACAGCAUGUGUGCAGUUUGUUCAGGAUGUGGUGUCACAUAACUGUGUUGUGAUAUUCUCCAAAACCACCUGUCCAUAUUGUAAGAUGGCCAAAAAUGUGUUCAAUGAAAUUGGUGCAACCUACAAGGUGAUUGAGCUGGACCAGCACAACGAUGGGAGGAGACUUCAAGAAGCCUUGGCUCAAAUGACUGGUGCAAGAACAGUGCCGAGAGUCUUCAUCAAUGGAAACUGCAUCGGGGGCGGCUCCGACACCAAACAUCUCCACCAGCAGGGGAGGCUGCUGCCCCUCAUCGAGCAGUGCUCUCCCUGCUGUGCUGCAGCCGAGUCAGAAGGCUCUGCCAGCGGACACUUCCACUCCUCCAAAUGACUAGCCGCUCCUCUAGCUCUGUUCAACACUUUAUUUAUGAGCUGUUUAAUGGAUUUGGUGCUAAAAGUUGUAAAUGACUUGAGCAGAACUUUGCUCUGGGUUCUUCAGAGGAAAGCAGAGGAUUGAUGUGCAUUCAUUUUCUCGUUGGGAUGUACACUUAUUUUUUAUUUCAAGCUAAAGUAGAGUUUUGGAAUAUUUACAUUUUGGCCUAUUUUUUUGCAAAACUGUUUUUUUUUAAACUUUACAACAAUUUGAACAAAAAUGUUUGGUUAUAUGAAUGUGUUAAUGCUGGAAUUUAAGAUGUGUUUACACACUUUGGAAACUUCACAGUACAAUCAAAACAUUUUAUCACGCUGCUAUUAAGGAAUAUUGUUUACCCUGUCUGUCUGUCUGUUUGUGGAUAUAAAUAUAGAUUUUAUUUUUGCUGUGUAAAAAUUCAGCUGAAUCUGUUUUUUUUUUUGCUAGUUUGUUACUUUGCCCCUAAAAGUACACAUUUAUUGAUAAGGUGGUUUCAGAGGCCUAUGUAUAAAGAUGAACAACGAAAACUCGUUUUACUGUACAUCAAACGCAUAUUUUUAUUAAACACUGUUAUAUUUAAA